AUGCAUUUUUCAUAUCACACUGUUUAUUCUGUUUUUAUCUUGGCAUUAUUUAUUUUUUAUAACCCAACGCUAUGUCAUGAAUUGUUCAAGUACACUCCAGAAGAACUUAUAGACAGAGACUUAUUUCAUCUUCAAAAAGCAAGGAUCGCCUUUUCUCUUAAUAUUAAACCCAUAACUUAUCCCGAUAAGUGUGAAUUAAAACAAUUAAAUUUGAUCAGUAGACACGGAUCGAGAUAUCCAGAUCCAGAUGAUUAUGUUGCCUACGGAAAAUUGGAAAAAGUAUUUGCUAAUGUUCCUGUUGCAAAAAAUUGGGUAUUUCAAAUGGUCAAACGAGGAGAACUCGAAAUGUUUUACGAUGGCUUGCAAUCUCGUAAAAGAUAUUCAAAAUUUUGGAAAGGAGUUAAAUAUGACCCUGAAGUUAUAAAAUUUCAAAGUUCAGCUACUUCAAGAGCCGGUGCAUCGUCAAUGGCUUAUUCCGAAGGAUUAUUCAAUGGCAAAGGCUCUUUAGACACUUGUAAAAGUCAGCCUGUAUACACUUCGUCUAUACCAGAGAUGCAAGAUGGGGUAUUGGUACCAUGGAUUUCCUGCACACGUUGGUUUAACACUGUUUAUUCUAAUAACAGUUUGUUCGACGAACAAAGUUAUAUAUAUGGCAACAAUACUCUAGCACCAAUUGCUGAGCGUAUUUCCAAAGCACACGGUAUAAACCCACCUCUUGAUCCACGUUUGGUACCAUUUAUUUUUACUAAUUGCCAAUUUUAUAUCGCUGUUUAUAAUCGAACUGACACAUGGUGUACAUUGCUGAAACCUGACGAGUUUCUAUUAAUACGAUAUUAUUGGGAUAUGCGUGUAUAUUAUUUAUUACAAUAUGGUAAUCCUAUGAAUAGACAAGUGGGCUGUGCCUACAUUACUCAACUUGUAAAUGAAGUUGAUAGUUAUUUAAAUGGGACAUCUCCUACGAUAGCUAAUCUAAAGUUUGCCCAUUCCUAUACUAUGCUUAUGAUUUUUACUUCAAUGGGAUUAUUGAAAGAAGAACGCCCACUCACGGCAGAUUUCACCCUUGAAGAAAUUAAAAAAGUCAAAAAAACAGAAUUUGUAGCACUACACUGGGGCAGCACGUUCUAUUUAGAGGUAUAUACUUGUCCAGAGGGUAAAGCAUCAAUACGAGCAGUUCUUAAUUAUAAACCGCUUCUGAUUCCUGAAUGGUGUCUACACUCACAAAACCAUAUUCCUCUCACCGACUUAAUCAUAACUGAAAAAGCUAGAUCAUUUGCAAAAUUGCUUAAUAUUCCUGAUGAUGCAUUGACAUUUUCUUCUGGGUGGCUUCAAAGCUUUAAAAACAGAAACAAUUUGAAAAGAUAUCAAUUGCAUGGAGAAAGUGGAUCAGCUGAUACCAAUGCAAUUGAAAAUGCACUUCCUGAUUUAAAAGCAAUUAUUAGCUCCUUUAGACCUGAAUGUGUAUAUAAUAUGGAUGAAACAGGACUACUUGAACCUGACACAACUCUAGCAACAAAACAACUUGAGGGAAAAAAAAAGGACAAGGAACAUUUGACUGUUGUGCUCUGUUGCAAUGCUGAUGGAACUGAUAAACUUCCACCUCUCAUUAUUGGAAAAUUUUUAAAACCUCAGUGUAUGAAAAAUGUUAAUAUGAAUAAUCUUGGAAUUACCUAUAGAGCAAAUACUAAAGCAUGGAUGACAGCAGUUUUAUUUCAAGAAUGGUUAAGACUAUUUGAUCAAAGAAUGAGUGGUAGAAAGGUGUUAUUAUUACUUGACAAUGCACCUUGUCAUAUAAUUGAAGGGGUAGAAUUGAAAAAUACACAGAUUAAGUUCUUACCACCAAACUCCACAUCAAAGAUUCAACCUUGUGAUGCUGGAAUUAUUGCAUCUUUCAAGAAACAUUACCAUCGUCAAUUUGUAAAUCACCUUCUUGAAAAGUUUGAGGAUAAUGAACAGGUUGCCAAACUUAAUGUUUUAGAAGCUAUACUAUUCAUUAAAACAGCUUGGAGAGAUGAUGUUACAAUAAAUACCAUUGCCAAUUGUUGGAAGCAUACUGGUAUUAUUAAAUUUGAUAAUAAUGAAGAGACAGAGCAAGGAGAUGAAAUAAUUCCUGAUAUAGAAAAAAAUAUUAAAGCCUUAAGAAGAUUUUUGAAUCCUGUUAAAGAAAAUGAAAUAGAAGAACCUGUAGAAGAGGAGACAAUUAUUCAAUUAAUUCAAGAAGAAGGUAAUGAAAAUCAGAAUGAUGAAGAUGAUGAAGGAAAUGAGUUACCUGUUAUUUCUGCUAAGGAAGGAUUAGAAGCUUUAGAAAAAGUCAUGACAUUCUUGUUGCAGCAGUCUAGAGAUUGUUCAGAUGAAAUUAAAAAGUUGGCUAGUGUAAAACUCGAUAAGAUGACUGGGCAUGAUAUUGAGAACACGUGA